CUUUAACUCAGUAUAAAUUUAAAUCUAUUUCCCACAUGAGUUGUUUUUUUAUCCUAAUUUAACCCUCUUUUUACCUCUUGUUUCUUUAGUUCACUUUAUUCAUUCAAUUGAAUUAUUCUUGUUCGGCAACUCCCACUGAAAAGUUAACUUAGCUCCAAGUUCUGCAGCCAACUCUGAAGUUAAUUAGCAUCCCUCGGAUAUUUUGUCUUUAUUUUUUCUUCGCUCCAUCUGAUAAGAAUUGUUUAUCAGAUCCGGUUGAAAAAGAAAGAAAUAUCUUUACAAAAGGAAUAGUUGCAAACUGAAAUUGAAGUGAUUGCAAAUCUUUCAGUCACUUGUACUAAUCGGGCAAGACAUUUCUCUUCCAAAUUGUUUUAACUGGUUGAAUUCCCCUGGUCCUUAACAAUCCUCCACCUCCAACAUCACAGUAGUCAGUCAUAAAAAUUUUCUAUUCUAAGAUGAAGUUAACUAGUUUAUUAUUCAUCUCAUUCAUUCUUUCAUUAGUAUCUGCUGAAACUCAUACAUGGUAUUUUGAAACCGGUUGGGUCAACAAAAAUCCAGAUGGUUUCUUUGAAAAACCCAUGAUUGGGUUUAACGGUACUUGGCCAUUACCUAUUUUAAGAGCUAAAAAGGGUGAUACUAUUAACUUAUAUUUGAUUAAUGGUUUCACUGAUAGAAAUACUACAUUACAUUUCCACGGUAUGUUUCAAAAUGGUUCUUCUCAAAUGGAUGGUCCUCCAUUCGUUACUCAAUGUCCUAUUCCACCUGGUGAAACUAUGUUAUAUAACUUUACUUUAACUCAACAUGGUACUUAUUGGUACCAUUCCCAUACUUCUGGUCAAUAUGGUGAUGGUAUGAGAGGUAUUUUCUUUAUUGAUGAUACUGAACCAUAUCCAUAUGAUUAUGACGAAGAAGUUAUGUUAUCAAUUUCCGAUAAUUAUCAUCAAAAUUCCGACUAUUUAACACCAAGAUUCUUAUCAAGAUUCAACCCUACUGGUGCUGAACCUAUCCCAGACAGUUCAUUAUUUAAUGAAACUAGAAAUGCAUCUUGGGUAGUUGAACCAAAUAAGACUUACUUAGUUCAUAUUGUUAAUGUCGGAAGAUUUGUCUCUCAAUAUCUUUAUAUGGAAGGUCAUGAAUUUGAAGUUGUUGAAGUCGAUGGUGUUCUUGUAGAAAAGAAUACUACUGAUAUUCUUUACAUUGCCGUCGCUCAACGUUAUUCUGUUUUGAUUCGUACUAAAUCAGAUGCUUCUCAAAACUAUGCUUUCAUGAAUGCUUUUGAUGAUACUUUAUUAGAUUACAUUCCUAAUGGAUUAAUUCUUAAUUCCACCAAUUGGAUUGUUUAUAACGAAACUGCUGAACUUCCUGGUGAAUAUACUACUGACCUUACUCAAUACUUUGAUGAUUUCUAUUUGAGACCUUUAAGUAAUACCACCCUUUAUGAUGAUCCAGAUUUCGUCGUUACUGUUGAUGUGGUUAUGGAUAACUUAGGUGAUGGUGUUAAUUAUGCUUUCUUCAAUAACGUUACUUAUACUGCUCCAAAGGUUCCAACUCUUGUUACUGCCUUAACUGCUGGUAAAUAUGCUACUAAUGAAUUAGUUUAUGGUACUAACACUGGUUCUAUUGUUCUUCAAAAGGGUGAUGUCGUUGACAUUGUUGUGAAUAAUCAAGAUACUGGUAAGCAUCCUUUCCAUUUACAUGGUCAUGUUUUCCAAGUUAUUGAACGUCAUCCUGAAUCUGACACUGAUGUAAUCAGUUUCAACUCUUCUGAUCAUGCUGAAUGGCCAGAAUAUCCAAUGAUUAGAGAUACUGUUUAUGUUUAUCCUCAAGCUUAUGUUGUAUUAAGAUUUGUGGCUGACAAUCCAGGUAUUUGGUUCUUCCAUUGUCAUAUUGAAUGGCAUUUAGAUCAAGGUUUGGCUAUUACUUUAAUUGAAGAUCCAUUAGGUAUUCAAUCUAAUCCUAACCAAGCUUUGUCUGAUGAUUUCAUUAAUUCUUGUACUAAGAAUGGUAUUCCUGUUGAAGGUAAUGCAGCCGCUAAUAGCAAGAAUUUCCUUGAUUUGACUGGUCAAAACGUUCAAGUUAAACCAUUACCCACUGGAUUUACUGCUAGAGGUAUUGUUGCUUUAGUAUUCUCAUGUAUUGCUGGUUUCUUAGGUAUGGGUGCCAUUACUGUUUAUGGUUUAGCUGAUAUCAAAGAUGUCGAACAUCGUGUUGCUAGAGAUUUAGAUGUUGAUAUCGAUGAUGACGAUGCUGAUGGAGCUACUGCUUUUGAAGAAGGAUCUUCAUCAGCUGGUGAAGUCGGUAAAUAAGUAUGCUAGUGAUAUUUAUUGUGGGUGAGUAAGAAUUUGAUUGUCUCUGAUCAACUAGGUCAUGAAAAAUGUGUGUGUGUCGCGAGAGAUAGUUCGCUAAAGUCCAGGCUAUGAAUGCUGGACAAGCAAGCUAUCUGUCUUGAAUUAACCUAGUCCCAGAGUUGAAUCAUUUUCUACAAUGCCUACUAAGUCGCUGCGUUCCCCUCCCUUUCUUCCAAGUACACUUUAGUUGAUGCUAAUUCUACUAAUGCUUUAUAUUUUCUACUAUUUUUUUUAUCUUACGACUCGACUCACUGCGAUGCAGCCGCAUGUCAUGGCUAUGAUUGUCUUGAUAUACUGGACCCAUAUCUGUCAAUCUAACCAACCCAGCUAUGACAUGUCUGUAUCACUACUAAUGACUCUAUUCACUCCCAACUUCCUCCCCUUUCUUUACGUUUUUCUAAUGUGUAUCCCCUUAUUACGACCCCAUAUUUUUAAUAUAUUACUAAUCUUAAUAA